AGGAACUUGGACUCCAGAGCAUUCAUUACCAUUGGAGAAAAGAACUUUGAGGUGGAAGCUGAUGACCUGGUGACAAUUUCAGAGCUGGGCCGUGGGGCCUAUGGGGUGGUGGAGAAAGUGCGGCACGCGCAGAGCGGCACCAUCAUGGCUGUGAAGAGGAUUCGAGCGACUGUGAACACUCAGGAGCAGAAGAGGUUGUUGAUGGACUUGGACAUCUCCAUGAGGACAGUUGACUGCUUCUACACUGUCACCUUCUACGGAGCCCUCUUCCGAGAGGGCGACGUGUGGAUCUGCAUGGAGCUCAUGGACACCUCCCUAGAUAAAUUCUACAAGAAAGUACUGGAGAAGAAGAAAACUAUCCCUGAAGACAUUUUGGGGAAAAUGGCUGUGUCUAUUGUACGAGCUCUGGAGCAUCUGCACAGCAAACUGUCUGUCAUCCAUCGAGAUGUGAAACCUUCCAACGUCCUGAUCAACAAGGAGGGACACGUGAAGAUGUGUGACUUUGGGAUCAGUGGCUAUUUGGUGGACUCAGUUGCAAAGACCAUGGAUGCUGGCUGCAAACCCUACAUGGCUCCAGAAAGAAUAAACCCUGAGCUGAACCAGAAGGGCUACAACGUGAAGUCGGAUGUCUGGAGCCUGGGGAUCACAAUGAUUGAGCUGGCCAUCCUUCGCUUCCCCUACGAGUCCUGGGGCACCCCCUUCCAGCAGCUCAAGCAGGUGGUGGAGGAGCCCUCGCCCCAGCUGCCCGCCGACCGCUUCUCCAAGGAGGUCGUGGACUUCACGGCGCAGAGCUUAAGGAAGAACCCUGCUGAGCGAAUGAACUAUUUGGAACUUAUGGAACACCCUUUCUUUACUUUGCACGACACCAAAGAGACUGACAUGGCCUCGUUUGUGACAGAGAUCCUCGGGGAGGACUCCUAA